UUACUAUCUAAUCGAGCCUUGAACAUUGCCGACGAUGCAACCUUUUUGUGGGUAAAAUAUGUGCGAAAAUCGGAUGCGAUGUGUAAAGUGUUUGUGAGACCCUUGGAUUAAAGCGCACCCCGACUGGAUUGGAUUGUUUGAUUAAAAGAGAAAAUCAUCUUGAGGGUUAUUCUUCGUUUGCACGAUUAACAAAUCACCAUGGCGAGACAACAGACCGUGGACCGAAACAUCCCUCAUCUGCGGGACAUUUUCGGCUUCGGCAGCAAAUGGGAGACCCGCGGCCAAGCCGAGGAGAAGGCGCCCGGCCAUGACAGUGCCGUGUCGAUAGGCUCCACGUCGGGCGAGGAGGAGAGCCCGAAAAACAGUAAAAAGAAGAAGUCACGUCGCCGCGACAACAGCAAGACGCUGACGGAGAGCGACGUGAAGCAUCUGGAACGACAUCUUUCCAUGAAAAAAACUAUACGUAAGAAGAUCAUGCGCGAUCUGCAACAAGCUUUCGUCGAGGACCCGAACGAGUUCCGCGUGGACGAUAUACCGCCAGAACAGCUCAAGGCAGAAAUCAAUAUCCAGAGUUUGAGUUUCGGCACGCCGUCCCAGAAGCAGGGACGCACGCGUGGCAAUGCUGAGAGCACGUUCCUCGACAUGCUGCGCGGUGGUAGUUUAGAAAAAAAUGGGACGGAUGGUGAUAGGGAUUCAGGACAUGGUGGAUCACCGAUCAGAGAAGCGUCCAGCGCCCAAGAUACAGACGACGAGUCCAGCUACGCGUACGAAGCGCCCACCGCGACGCCCACGAAGAAGAGUGGUAACUUCUGGAGACGCUUCACCAUGAAGAAUCGCAAUAAACGAUAAAUCCACGGAAGGAACUCCAGCGUGAAGAAAAAAAUACCGAUACUUUAUGUUCUCCGUCAUCUCAAUAAUUUUUACCAGCGUCAUUAACGAGGCAGAGCUUGUAACUGUGAUAUACAUAAAAACCAAUUCAUCUUCACCUCUUCCUCUCCCCCGAGACGAUUAAUCCGUCGAAUUUUAAGAGGUUCCCGAAAUUCGAUCCGCGCGCAAAAUCGAGGACCAAGAGAUCAAAUGUACAAAUUUCGGACCAGCAUUUUUAUCGUUUGCUAUCACGACAUAUCAAAGACAUUAUUUACCUUGAAAGGUAAACUACGUAUCUUUCUUCAAUUAAUCAAAUAAGGAAAAUGUGAAUAAAAAAAGAACAUAAUUCGAUUCAUAAAAUCGCGUGAUAUACUUUUUAUUUCAAGAGAGGAAAAUCUUAAUACUUUGCAGUCAAAACUCUCGAUUCUGUAACGCUGCUAGACAUUUAUACUAGCAAUAGUAUUGAAACAAAGAAAUAAUAAUUUUAGCUGCAUUUUUCAUAUUUAAAACAAAAUGAGUAUAUCUACAUUUUAAAAAAGAAAAGAAAAAGAGGAAAGUAGGACGAGUAGGUCUAUUUAGAUAUCAUUUGAACAAUUCCUUGUUGUACAUAUAUUCUUUCGAAAUAUAGGAGGAACUUCUUAAAACUUCUCGACUUGGAAUGUAACCAUUGAUGUGUCCAGUAACUCCCAUCUUUUGACACGUACUUAAACGAAACGUAAAAAAUAAGAACGGAAGUAGCGAAACACGAAUACAUGCAUAGUAUUUAAGGAUAGUUAGUUUAAUUUCUUUUAACAUAAGAAUACAAAGCAGAGACAGUUGUGGGUGAUCUAUAAUAAGCAAAAAAGAGAUGCGCACGUUGUCCGAUUAUUAGCUAGUCAACGACGCUAAGACGUAGACCCAGAUUAAUCUUUUUAUUGGCAAAAAUCGAAUUUGAUAUCACUGUUUUGUAACGAAUUUGAAAGUAAAAUAUUUUUUAACCAGUUCUUACUAUUGUAAGUUGAGAAAAUUCACAAUCUCAAGAUUAUUAAGAAACAUGCACGAAUAAGGAACUUACCGGAUUACGUCGUUUAAGAGUGAUGCAUUGCAUUAUUCGUUAUGCACUUUAACUUAAGCUAUGUUGAUGUUUAACGAAAUCCUGUUGUUCCUACCGUUUUUCGAAGUAUCUCGCUAGUAUUAUAAACAUUGUCGAUCGCGCCGUCGAAAACGAUUCACAUAUUCUCAUCUAAUCUCCACUUUCUACUAUGGUAAUAAUAAUAGUUAUUAUUAUUAUUCCUUUUAAUACUAAAUGCAACGCUAUAUAUUAGCUUUAAAUGUAUCAUACUCGAAAUCCAUGUAAGGGCAGUAAUAUACUCGAAUAAAAGUUUUAUUUGGA